CAAGAUGACUCCUCUCACCUAUCACCUACUGCUGGUUGUAUUAGCGGUGGGCGUGGCCACAGGAGGUAGUGACCAGAACGCCUUAGGAGGAGGAAGUAAUGGAGGAAGGGCGUCUCGUCUCACACACACCCAACAGGAAGCGGCAGUGGCGGAAGAAGGGGAGGAAGAGGUGAUGGGUGUUGGCAUCUUGACGGACAUGGCUGCCAACAUAUCAGUACCUGUGUGUUGUGGCCUCGAGCAGGUGUUUAACAUGAGCAAGAUUGGGUGUGAACCUUCCCACAAGAAGCCUGUUAUUUCCUUCCAUUAUGAGGACGGACAGCCUGUAGAGUAUCAGUUCGCGUACAAAGUGAAGGCAGGCUUCCCCAACUGUACCUUCUACAACCUGCAGCCGGAUGUAGGGCCUGAGGACACCUUCUACCUCCUCCCUGAUGGUCAGUUGCUGGUACCGUCUAAUGCUGACAGGAAGAUGGCGGGGGACAAGUUCUGUCUCCUGUCUACCGGUGAACACAUGGAGGCCAUCGUCUGUUUCCCUGAUAUGGUGAGAACGACAGAAUCUAGCUUCGACCGAGUAGUGUAUCAGACACUCUAUCCCGUCGGCCUGAUCAUCUCCGCGGUGUUCCUGGCGGCGACGCUGCUGGCGUAUUGCCUGGUGGUGGAACUGAGAGACCUGCUGGGGAGAUGUCUCAUGUGUAGCGUCUUCGCCCUCUGUGUAGCCCAGACUUCCACCGUAAUUGUGCAGAUGGCCACCCACCUCCUCUCCAUGACGGCCUGCGUGAUAAUAGCUGUGUUUAUGCACUUCUGGUACCUGUCAGCGUUCCUCUGGCUCAACGUGAUUUGUUUCAACGUCUUCCUCACAAUCUGGUGGAAGAGCGACGCCGCCUUCGGUCGUCUCAGUCGGUGGUUCGCCAUCUACUCAGCGUAUGCGUGGGGCCUCGCUGUCCUCAUCACCUCCGUCGCCUUGGCCAGGGACUUCUCAGAGGGCCUCCAGGACUCCAGCCUUCCCAAACCUAACUUCGGCCAGGGGAAAUGUUGGUUCUCAGGUGACGAGGCGCUCAUUAUCUUCUUCUACGGUCCCACCUCCGUCAUCCUGGGCAUCAACGUCGUCCUCUUCUGCGCCUCCGCCUACAAGCUGUGUUCCCUCAACAAGAGCACUGAGGCCAGGAUGUUCCAGUUCAGUCUCUACCUGAAGCUGUUCGUGCUGAUGGGCGUCACCUGGAUCUUCGAGGCCAUCUCUUUCUUCGUCCAGCGAGAGACCAAAAAUUCCAGCGGCAACUAUGUCUGGCUGGUAUUCGAUCUGAUCAACAUCAUGCAAGGCCUCAUCAUCUUCCUGGUGUUCGUGUGUCGGCGAGCAGUGUUGGUGCGUCUGUGUGAGGUGUUGUGUGGCGUCUCCUAUGCCAAGACCAAGUUCCCCACCCACUACCAGAACACAGAGGUCGACCUCACCAACAAUGAGAUCAAACACUCGGUAAUCUGAGGGGUCGAGCGAGGUGGAUAUUUUGUAAAAGUUUAUAAACGUUGAGAUCUUUCAUUGAAGGUAGGAUUUACUACUACUAUUAUGUGCUAUUACUACUACUACUACUACUUCUACUUCACCGCUGCUGCCAAAAGCCAAGAUAUGAUAAGGGAGAGAGAGAGAGAGGCUAUGAGGUGGUGAUGACCCUGCUUCAUGGCCCCGCAUGAAAAGUCAUCGCCACGGUGAUGAUGAAGAUGUCGAUGAUGGUGAUGAAGAUGAUGAUGAUGAUAAUGAUGGUGGUAAUAAUAAUAAUCAUGGUGAUAAAGAUAUUGACAAUGUUGACAUUAAUGAGGCUGGUUUUGUAAUUGCAAGUGAGGUAUUUCACUCAUCGUAACCAGAACUUAGUGAGUGUGGUGAGUAGCUCUGUACAAUGGUGUGAAGAAAGAGGAGACAGUGUUGGCAGUGUGUGUGUGUGUGUGUGUGUGUGUGUGUGUGUGUGUGUGUGUGUGUUUGUGUGUGUGUGUGUGGUUUACUGACUGUGUAUAAAUAAUCUUAGAACCAAAGAAAAAAGUUGAGUGGGAGGUUUAUAAACAGUGUGGAGACAAUAAUCACUAUGUUCAGUAUCUUGAGACAGUCUUUGUUAUCCUGUGUCUUCUCUGUAAGAUCUGGUACAAUAAUAUUCUUGGGAGUUAACUGCAGGUCAAUACUUAGAAUUCAAGUUACCUUCAAUCUCAAGUAUUUAAAAUAAAUUGUCCAUUGUAAGAAAAAACCUAAUCUAACCUUGGUUAUUGUAACAUCUGAGACAGCAAUGCCAAUAACAACGAUUAGGUGAUGUAGUUUAGUGGAAAAAUCUUGGUACAGUAUUAGUAAACAUUGUGAAACUUUGUAAUACUGAAGGUAGGAGUUUCCUUAUAACCAUCUUCUGAAGGUAGUUAUAUCAUGACCUGAGAACUGAUAAGUGGCUAAUUGACCUGGAUCCACACCUGACACACUCACACAGGUAGACAGAGGUACAAAUGUGACUAUUUUCUUGUUUGAUUUGCUUGCUUUUCAUGUACAUAAGUUGGUCUUGAUUUAUUAAGAAGAAAGUCAUACAGGUGAGACUUCAAAACCCCCAUUAUUAAUAUUCUAUCUCAUGAAGUUUUUGCUCACUGGAUGCUGGGACCAUCACCAGGUCAUGUAUAUUAUAAUAUUCCUCCACCAGUGUUAAAUUGUCAUCACCUGUUAAUCUUUAUAGGUUACAUUUAAGUUAUAGUUUCAUCUCCCAGAUCAGUUCCCGACCAGAGUAAUAAUUAUCACUCACAGGUACCGUAAUAACACUACCAUUAUCAGAUCUAAGUUAUAUUACAUGCCCAUGGUUUUAAAUUACCACACUGUAAAAUUAAUAUAAGACGGAGACUAAAAAUAAUGGCCAGAAAAUCACUUGUUUGGAAAAUGGCAAAAUCUACCAUUAUUUUUUUACCUGUAGAAAAGGUGACAUUGGCUUAUAGUCCAUGGGCAGUCAUGUAUGUUCUCCUCAAGAAUGCUGAAUGAAUCUCUUUGUGACCUUUUCAACUUAAAAACAUGUUCACCAGUGUAGAUAUUGUACCCUGUAUAUACAGUAGUGCUUAGAGCCAGUAAGAGAUCUAUAUGACCAUCACUGUUAAGAAGGUGGUAAGAUCGAUGUGUAAAGAGGAGAUGAUGAAGUAUAGAGAAGAGAGAGAAAAAAAACUAGGUAAAGUUGCUUGCUGAUGAGUAUAAAGGUUUUUACAUAUGAGAGGAAGUUCUUCAGACAACACGACCACUGUAAUCCCGACAGCUUGUUGUGGAGUUCCUGACAUAUGUGAUGUAAUAAUGACCAUGACUUAAGCACUGUAAACCUCCUCUGGCAGAUGAAUCCUUGCUCCAGUGUUACAGACGUCUCUGUUUCUAUCAUCUUGUAGCAGUACUAGUGAGGCUGUGUAUGUGUGUAAAGAAGCAAUGGCAUGUGUACUAUGAGAGCUUGUUGUCACUGUGUGAUAUGGAGGACGACUGGACACACACACACACACUGGAGAGGAGGAGGAGGAGUGCUACAGUAUGGUCAGGUGUGAGAGGAAAGUGACCCUGAUUCAGCAAAUUGUUUACAAGUGACUGUUACCCCAGCCAGUUAAGGAUCCUGAGUGCUGUAACUGAGAACUGAUAGAAACUUUUGUCUGAUUUUGUUACAUAACUAGAUAAGAAAGUAGUGGCACCAGUUUUAACAAAGACCAACACAGCCAGAGGAUCAUACCUGGUGCCUGAUUAUCAUUAACUAAAGGCGCCGACCAUAACUGUUCAUAAGAGCAUUUAUCAUAUUCUUUUUUAUAUUUAUUUACUUAGUAUCUGUUUUUAAUGUUCUCUUAUGUUAAUAUUGUUAUUGUUACUUUGUAUAUGAAUUUGUUUAAUGUAUUAUGCUGUAAUUUUCAUUUCUCUUCUUCUAAUGAGCCAGUAAGACAUUUUUAUGCCCUGACAAAAGAUGGACGUCUUAAAUUUUCCUUUCUUGUUUCUAACUUUCUUGCACAUUAAUUUGGUUCCACAAACUGUUGUCUUUAAUGCAGUAACAAAUCAGUUGAACAGUAAAUAUAUUUUUUGUAAUGAGGUACUCCCAGACAGGUGUGUUAAGGGUACUUUAUUACUACAGGUAGGAGUCAUUACAACCCCAGCCUGGACAAAAUGCAGUCUCAAGUUCAAAAUGUUGUAAUAAUUUUUCGAAGUUGAAGACUGAACCUGAGAUGUUGUAACUCAGAUUAAGAAAAUCAACCCAAAUGUAUAAUGUUGCAACUUAAGGUUUUGAGGAGUCGCUGUUAUAACAAACCAGUUUCACAACACUGUACUUGGUUGGCUGAAAUAUUAAUAUAAAUUGUGUAUGUAUAACUAUAUAAGUCAAGAAUCUUCACAUCAAUAGCAAUCAAUACCUGUUAUUAUAAAUUUAGAAGACCUGCAAGUACAUUCACAUUUUAAAUGACACACUCACAGUAAGUUAUGAACAUUCUAAAUAUUUUUCUGCUUGUUGAUGAAUGCCAUUGAUCAACCACAUUCUUAUUAACUGUGCCCAGCUCACCUCGAACAGGGCUGUUAUCAUAGCAACACUGAUAAUCAUGUUGGAACUUCAGUGUGUGUAAUUCUUGCUGAUUAUUCUACACACUGUAGGUAUCCUAAUGUAACAAUAUAAAACAAAUUAUACAGCUACUAUUGUUUUUCUCAAUGUUCAUUUCAUAAUACUGUAAAUCAGGUUAAUCAGGGCAUGAGACUUAUAUGUUAUUACAAUGAUGAAUGUGAGAACACGAGGAGGGCGAAUCAUUUACCUGUUUACACUCACCUGUAAUAUUUUAACAAUUAGGGCAUCGAGUUUUGUGUUACAGGUGUGUCUCUCCCUCACAACCUUGCUAUAACUGCAACAUGUUGUACUUAUAUGUGAUUAUUUUAUGCUAUGGUUUGCUGUAUGUGCAUUGCAUAUAAACUGAUUUACAUGUA